UUGGAUGUUAUGAGAUGGUGUGAUAUGGAAUGUACCAUUAAUGCGUAGGGGUGUUUUCCCUGUUGUUAUUGAGUUGUUGUGCAGCAGGCAAUGUUGUUAUUGUUUGGAAUGUUGAAGAGUCACCACCAAUAACGAUGUUUGGAUGCAUCGUAGCAGGAAGAUUGGUUCAAACGGAUCCACAGCAGAUGAGUGAGACACAGUUUGUGUUCACGCUGUCUGAUGCUGACAGUAUAAACCACAUCGUUAUCUUCCUGACGGGAACUACCCCCUUCCCUGACGGCCUGUGCGGAGCCGUGUACUUCGGCUAUCCUAACCCUGACGGCAUGGCGUGGCAGUAUCUCGGAUACAUCGCAAACGACAAACCAAGUGCAAUUUUUAAGGUUGCAAAGAUCAAGCCAGGGGAGGAGACUUCCAAUAAUGUGUUUGGCCAGCUGAUGCCAGGACAGCAGAAAAUGGCUCAAAUCGGCAUUUCUGUGGAGCCGGCAGCCCAGGUCACCCAACAGACACCUCCGUCUAGCACCACUCCAUCUACUGUCACAGCCUUCCAGGAGUUCACCAGGAAGAUGUUGGAGAGUUUCCACAACUAUGCCUCAUCCUUCGCACUGACUCAGGCUCAAAUGGUCCCUGAGCCGAACAAAUCUUUUGUGCCCUUGAACGUCCUUCAGCAAUGGUUUGAUAACUUUCAGAGAAGACUGGCGCAAAACCCAAACUUUUGGAAAACAUGAGCAGAUUUUUUAUUGGUUUCACUACCAAUUAUUUAGCCUGGGUGCCAUGCUAUUUGCAAUCAUGUAUACCCAAUUAUAAACAUUUUAUAAAGUGGAAUGUACAUGUGCCACAUAUUUUGAAAUAAAAACCUUUUGUGCAUUAAAAGUGUAGGUA